AACCAGGAGCUCAACUGUGCCCUAAAGAUCCUCUAAAAACGCACAAGCUUGUUUCCCCGUUAACCGUUAGACAUUAUUAACUCGUUGUAGAAAUACAUCUAUGAGUGAAGCUUAUACUGAAAAGAAAUAAAGUGAUACGGUUAUCACAGCUACAGCUAUGCAGUUGUCGUUUGUUUACCUCGCCAAGCCCAUACUGCAUGGAUACUUCAGAAGCUCCUGCAGCUGGAGGGUUCGCAUUGCUUUUGCUCUUAAAGGCAUUGAAUAUGACCAGGUUCCAGUCAAUCUAAUCAAAGAUGGAGGUCAGCAGCUUGCAGAGGAGUACAAAACAUUAAACCCCAUGAGACAAGUGCCUGCGGUGGAAAUUGACGGCAUCACUCUUUCUCAGUCACUGGCAGUGAUUCAGUACAUUGAUGAGACGAGGCCGGGACCUCGCCUCCUUCCCGCGGACCCAAAGAAACGUGCCCAGGUUCGGAUGAUUAGUGACCUCAUAGCCUCGGGGAUACAGCCUCUGCAGAAUUUGUAUGUGAUCCAGAAAAUCGGAGCAGAGAAGAUGCAGUGGUCUCACCACUUCAUUGAUCGAGGAUUUGAAGCUCUGGAGCCAAUCCUAAAGCAAACAGCAGGGAAGUACUGCGUAGGUGAUGAGAUUUCCAUGGCAGACAUCUGUCUGGUCCCACAAGUCUACAACGCAGAGAGGUUCAAAGUGGACGUGGGGAAAUUUCCAACUAUCAAAAGAUUACAUCAAACCUUGACUGAGAUUGAAGCUUUCAAAGUGAGCCACCCAUCUUGCCAACCAGAUACUCCCGAUGACCUGCGUGCAUAAAGCAGCAGCUCUGCAGCCUCAGACAUAGUCAUGGUUUGUUGUUAUUCAAUAAAAAGCUUUGAAAGCAA